CUGUAGUUGUUUAGCGUGAAAUAUAAUUACAGUUACUAAACUGCUUCCUAAAUGAUAACCAGCACUUUAAUAGAGCGUUGUGAAGUUAUGUAAAAUGAAACGACAGACGCUAACCGGAAAUACUACAAGUCAUGUGUUUCUUGCAGCAGAGGUGAUGCUCCAUCGCUGCCUUCGUGUCUGUGGAAAGCUACUCUCACACAGACAACAGCGCCGGGGCAUAUCUGGUGCAGCGAUGCGUCUGGUUCAGUUCUGUCGCCCUGGAGAAGAAGGCCGCGUCAGGGUGGGAGUGGAGCAGGCUGACGGUCUUGGGGUGGUGGAUCUGCAGGCCUUUGACCCCUCACUGCCAUCCACCAUGAGAGAGCUGCUCGCUCUGGAGGACAAGGGUCAGGAAGUGGCUCACAGAGCACUUUCAUCCGGUCAGUGUGUGCUACAACGCUCGGACAUACGGCUGUUGGCCCCUGUGUUGGACCCCGAGAAGGUGGUGUGUGUGGGCAUGAACUACCGGGAUCACUGUCUAGAACAGAACGCCCCAAUCCCAAAGGAGCCCAUCAUCUUUAGCAAGUUCUCCAGCGCCAUCACAGGGCCAUACGACGACAUCACUCUUCCUUCAGAGAGCCAGGAGGUGGACUGGGAGGUGGAGCUUGCCUUUGUGAUUGGUCGACGAGGAAAGAACAUCAAGGAGGAAGACGCCCUGUCCUACGUGGCUGGGUUCACGGUGGCCAAUGACGUCAGCGCACGUGACUGGCAGAUGAAGCGCAAUGGAAAGCAGUGGCUGCUGGGAAAAACCUUUGACACAUUCUGCCCGCUCGGGCCGGCAUUGGUGACCACCGACGCUGUCAGAGAUCCUCACAGUUUGGGGAUCCGCUGUCUGGUCAAUGGAGAGGUGGUGCAGAGCAGCAGCACGGAGCAGAUGAUCUUCAAGACAGAAGCUCUGGUGGCCUGGGUGUCCAGGUUUGUGACUCUGACUCCGGGAGAUGUGUUUCUGACUGGCACCCCUCCAGGUGUGGGUGUGUUCAGAAGCCCCCCCGUCUUUCUCAAGAGGGGAGAUGUGGUGGAGUGUCAAAUCGACCAAAUCGGCUCCAUCAUGAACAAAGUGGUCUGAGUGAGGAGUGAAACUGCUCUCAUGUCGCAUGGCAGAGGAACCUGCACUCAGAUGCCUUCAAUAAAGCCUCCAUGUGUGUUCCUUCA